AUGACUCAACAUAUAUAUGACCCAAUCACUGAUGAAGAGAUCGAGUUAACGUCCAAGUUGAUCAAGGAAUUGAACGGUGACGCGAAGAUCACGUUCUCUCAAAUUGACAGGUUGGAGCCUCCCAAGAAACAGGCGAUUGAGUACUUGAACGUGGAACGGUAUGGGGGAGGGCCCUUACCAUUUGUUCCGAGAAGGACCUAUUGUUACUACUACAAAAACAAGACGGUUCCGUUAUACAAGGCGAUCGUCAACAUUUCAGAGAAGAGAGUGGUCUCCAAUGACUCUGCUGGCGAAGGGGUUGUUGGUCCUGUAAGUCCAGAAAACAUUCAAGAAAUGCACAGGUUGAUUAUGGACCAUCCCCUUGUUAAAAGGGAAAUUGAGAAGUUGCAAUUGCAUAAGCUUGCUUAUGACCACCCCAGACUGGGCAAACUUCGUUACAAGGUCGUCUGCGAGCCGUGGAUUUAUGGAACUGAUUCAGGUGACUCUCGUGUUCCGAUGUGCCAGGGGUACAUGUACAUAAGCUUAGAUCAUGUGGAUGCCAACCAAUAUUCUGCCCCACUCAAAUUCUCCCCUGUGUUCGAGUUAUUAAGUGGGAAGUUUGUAAGAAUCGAUUACCUGGCUAGCGGGGUUGACGAGAGAUACAUCAAGGAGACUCUUCCCUAUAAUCCAUUGCCCCUUGUAGAAUACCACCCUAAUGUAAUGGAGAAUCAGCAGACGAGAGAAGGCUUGAAACCACUAAUUAUAUCUCAGCCGGAAGGGGUUUCAUUUACCGUCACAGGUACUAAAGUGACUUGGCAGGGCUGGGAGUUCCGUGUAGUUUCCUCUGUAAGAGAGGGUGUUGUAUUGUAUGACGUGCACUUUAAAGGUCGCUCCUUAUUUUACCGUGUCGCCUUAAAUGAGAUGACAGUACCUUAUGCAGACGGUAGGACUCCAGUUCACAGAAAGCAGGCAUUUGAUCUCGGAGAUUGCGGAUUUGGAAAUGCGGCCAAUUCUUUGGCACUGGGAUGCCACUGUUUGGGUGUGAUCAAAUAUCUAGAUGGGAGAAGAGCUGACGUUAAUGGUAACCCCGUGCUCAUUCCUUCUACCAUAUGUAUGCACGAGCAAGACUACGGGGUGAUGUUCUUACACAAGAAUACCAUGACUAAAAGUUCUGUAGUAACACGUAGAAGGGAGUUUAUUAUCCAGUUGGUUGCAACAGUGGCGAACUAUGAGUACGUUCUCAAUUAUAUAUUUGAUCAGGCCGGUGCAAUUACGGUGCAGGUCAGAGCAACAGGUAUAUUGUCAACUACCCCGCAAGAUUUGAACACCACCGUUGAUUUCUCAACCAAUGUAGCCCCCGGUGUCGGUGCCCCUUUCCACCAACAUAUCUUGUCUUUUAGGUUCGAUAGCAGGCUAGAUGGUGAUAAGAACAGUGUUGUGUACGAUGAUUAUGUUCCUAUGGAGCCUGGCACUGAAAUGAAUCCGUACGGUGUGGGGUUCGUCCAAAAGCGGACUUAUUUGGAAAAAUCUGGUGCAAUUGAUCAAUCACCUUUUACUAACAGGACGUACAAGGUCAUUAAUGAAUCUUCCAUAAACCCUGUUUCCAUGAAGCCGGUGGGGUACAAAUUCGAAAUGCCUGCAAGGCAAAUGCUUCUCGCCCACCCGGAGUCAUUUAACACCAAGAGGGCUACUUUUGCAACGAAGCAAUUUUGGGUAACUAAAUAUGGAGAUGACCAAUUGUAUGCAGCUGGUGAGUUUACUAAUCAGUCCAGAAAGGAUACUGGGUUAUCUGAGUGGGCAGAUGGGAAGGACUCCGUCAGAAACACUAACGUUGUGGUAUGGCCUACAUUAGCCUUAACCCAUGCUCCAACAACAGAACAAUUCCCUGUGAUGGUAUCUGACUUCAUGCAGUUCCUCGUUGCACCAGCUUCCUUCUUUACCGAAAACCCGGCACUGGAUGUCCCACAAGCUCAAAAUAAUUUCAACAAGUCUGCAUAUUACGAGCAGUAUACUUCAGAUGGCGCUGCAGAACCCGCCGCCUCUAGUGAUGCUUGCCAAUGUAAAAGCAACAUGUAG